CUGAAGGGUUUAGAGCUCCAGAAGCGGUAGCCCAUAAUUUUUAUUUCAAGUGCGUAAGUUGAGAUUGAUGUCACAGAAUCUUCUGAGAACUAACUUUUCCCAAUAUAUGUUCCAUGCAGUAUUUGCUUUUAAUGUAAUGGUGUUUCAACUCUGAAAACAGAAUGGCUCCGCAUCAAGCUGGGGAUUAAAGCAAUCUUCUUACAACUGAGCUGUAUUGUUCUGUAACUGCUCACUGCUUCUAAGAUGCAUUCCUCCGCAGUCUAGUUGGACCUCCUUUCAAAACCUCUUCCAGUUCUCACAAAAAUGCAAGGCCUUUGAUGGCGAUCUCAUCGCAAAUGAGGAUUCAGCUAUAUGUGAGCAGAUUACAGUGAAGAGUUUUCGCCCUGCAAGUGUGGAAUGCUGCCUAUGCGUAAGAAGAAUGAGGUUCCUCAGACAGGUCAGGCUUCUGCUAUGGAAAAACUGGAUACUUAGAAAACGACAGAAGCUUCGUCUUUUGGUUGAACUUCUAUGGCCUUUGUCCUUAUUUCUCGUCCUAGUCUGGCUGAGGAGUAUUAAUCCACUCUAUCGCCAGCAUGAAUGUCACUUCCCAAAUAAGGCAAUGCCUUCUGCAGGGACACUGCCGUGGCUACAGGGCAUCUUCUGUAACAUGAACAAUCCUUGCUUCAGAAGUCCUACACGUGGAGAAUCCCCUGGCGUUGUGUCAAACUACAAUAAUUCCAUUUUAGCACGAUUAUACCAAGACGCUCAAGACCUCUUACUGAGAACCCAUGAAGCAGACCUGGGCAAACUCUGGGAAGAAUUGCGCACCCUGUCCCAGUUUAUGGAAACUAUUAGGACAAAUCCUGAAAGGAUUGCAGGAAGAGGCAUACGAAUACAGGAUAUCUUAAAAGAUGGAGAAAAUCUAACUAAGUUUCUUCUUGAAGACAUAGGCCUUUCUGAUCUUGUUGUUUAUCACUUGAUUAAUGCACAAGUGCGACCAGAACAGUUUGCUUUUGGAGUUCCAGACUUGACUUUGAAGGAUAUUGCCUGCAGCCGGACCUUGCUGGAUCGUUUUAUUAUCUUCAGAAGCCCCAGUGGCUCUCAAGCUGUGCAUAGCUCAAUGUGUGCCCUUUCACAGGACAACUUGCAGAAGGUUGAAGACUCCCUGUAUGCAAAUACAGACUUCUUCAAACUUUUCCAUAUGCUUCCCACAGUCCUAGAUAGUAAUACGCCAGGUGUUGAUCUGCGGUCAUGGGGGCAAAUCCUUUCUGAGGUCUCUCAGGCACUGCAAGAGCUUGCACGUAGGCCAAGUGUACAGGACUUUCUGUCGGCUCUGCAACCGCUUCUGCAAAAUGGAGAGCCAGUAUCUUUACGGCAGGUGAUGAACACUUCAUCUGAUCUUCUCUGCGGUUAUCCAGAGGGAGGGGGUUCCAGAGUACUCUCUCUCAACUGGUACGAAGAUAACAAUUACAAGGCUUUCCUUGGGGUUGAUGCCACAAAGAAGGAGUCUGUUUAUUUGUAUGACAACACAACCACACCCUUUUGUAACAUGCUCAUCCAGACCUUGGAGUCAAAUCCUCUAACCAAAAUAGCCUGGAGGGCUGUGAAACCACUAGUGAUGGGGAAAAUUCUCUAUGCUCCUGAUACUCCUGCUGUGAGGAAGAUACUGAAGAAUGCCAAUUCCACAUUUGAGGAGCUUGAGCGCCUCCAACUCUUUACUAGAGCCUGGAAAGAAGUGGGACCUCAGGUGUGGUACUUUUUUCAAGACAGCGUACAAAUGAACAUGAUCCGGGACACCUUGCAAAACCCUACAGUGAAAGGUUUCUUAAAUGAGCAGCUGAGUUCUGAAGGUUUUACUGCCGAAGAUGUCAUCAAUUUUCUCUUCAAUGGGCCGCCAGAGGAAAGACCGGCACAGAUGGCAAACUUUGAUUGGAGGAAUAUCUUCAGUGUUACCAACCAGGUUAUGCAUAUCCUUCACCAGUACCUGGAGUGUUUGACACUUGAUAAAUUUGAAGGCCAAGCUGAUGAAACGGAGGUGACAGAUCGUGCUCUCUGCCUUCUGGAGGAAAACAAAUUUUGGGCUGCUGUUGUCUUUCUUGAUUUGGAUCCAGCAGCCAGCCAGCUGCCGCCACAUGUGAAAUACAAGAUUCGUAUGGAUAUAGAUGCAGUUGAGAAAACAAACAAGAUAAAAGACAGGUAUUGGGAUCCCGGGCCAAGAGCUGACCCGGUGGAUGACUUGCGUUACAUCUGGGGAGGGUUUGCAUACCUACAAGAUAUGAUUGAGCAUGGGAUUAUCAAGACCCAGACUGGAGUUGAAGUGCCUCCCGGGAUUUACCUGCAACAAAUGCCAUAUCCCUGCUUUGUAGAUGAUGUGUUCAUGGUUACUUUGAACCGUUCCUUUCCCAUCUUCAUGGUACUGGCUUGGAUCUACUCUGUCUCUAUGACUGUAAAGAGCAUCGUGCUGGAGAAGGAAAUGAGACUGAAAGAGGCCAUGAAGAACAGAGGGGUCACCAACGGGGUGAUCUGGUUCACAUGGUUCUUAGACAGCUUUAUCAUGAUGGCUCUGAGCACCUUUCUCCUGACAGCACUCAUUACGUAUGGCAAAGUGCUUCACUACAGCAACCCUCAGCUCCUCUUCCUGUUCCUGCUGACCUUCACCACAGCCAGCAUCAUGCAAUGCUUCUUGCUUAGCACCAUCUUCUCCAAAGCUAACCUGGCAGCUGCUUGCAGUGGAGUCAUCUACUUCACCCUCUAUUUGCCCCACAUUGUCUGCUUUGCCUGGCAAGACCGUCUGACUAUCAAGCUAAAGAUGAUGGCAAGCCUACUUUCACCCGUUGCUUUUGGGUUUGGUACAGAAUACUUAUCCCGCUAUGAAGAGCAAGGACUUGGGUUACAGUGGAAUAACAUCUGGGCCAGCCCCCUGGAAGGAGAUCAGUACAGUUUCUUGUUGUCCAUGGAGAUGAUGCUUUUUGAUGCCUUCAUCUAUGGAUUACUUGCUUGGUAUUUGGAUAAUGUCUUCCCAGGAGACUAUGGAAUACCACGGCCUUGGUAUUUCCCUUUCCAGCAGUCUUACUGGCUUGGGUCGGGAGGCCCAAAGGCUGAGAAAACAACAACUGCAGAGGAGAAAGUUUCAGAAAAAGGAGGCAGUGUGGACAAAAAGGUUGAAGAAGAAGAAGAGAUGAGCCAAAGCAUGACUCCUGAGCUUGAAAAAGGAGGGGACAAUACUGACAGCCAGAGGAAGGAGGACGGUAAAGAAAACAAAUGUAAACACAAAAGAAAAAAAGAGUGCGACGAGCAGGGGAAACCUGAGACAGAGGCAAAAGACAAAGAUGAAAUUCCUAGUAAGAGUGAGAAGCGGAGUAAUCGUGACUCAUUUUGUGUUAUACAUUUGAACUUUAAUGUGCUUAUUCAUUGCAAGUCUACUUGCCUAUAUAUGUAUGAUAUUGAUACAGGUGGGUAUAGCAAGGUAGAAUUAAUCAUCGAAGAGGCAAUGCCAAGGCAACAAAUGGCCCUUGUGCUGGUGCUGACUGGUGUGUUACAGUGCUGCACUUCAAUGAGAAAUGAGCUCAAGAAAUGUACCAAAGCCACAAACCUAUACUUUGAAACGGAGCCGGCUGGCCUGGUCCCAGGGGUGUGCGUUCAAAAUCUGGUGAAGAUCUUCCCCAGUUCCUCUAAGCCAGCAGUGGAUGGUAUGAACAUUACUUUCUACGAGGGUCAAAUCACUGCUUUCCUUGGCCACAACGGAGCUGGAAAGACAACCACAAUGUCUAUCCUCACAGGGUUGUUCCCCCCUACAUCUGGAACAAUAUUGGUUGGUGGGCAGGAUAUCCAGACUCACAUGGACUCAAUCCGGCAGAAUUUAGGCAUGUGCCCCCAGUACAACAUCUUAUUUAAUCACCUUACUGUUGCAGAACACAUCUGGUUUUAUGGACAGCUGAAAGGAAGAUCCCGAGAUGAGGCAGAAUUAGAAACUGAGAUGAUGUUAGAAGACAUAGGCCUUCCACAUAAGAGGAAUGAAGAGGCUCAGAAUUUGUCAGGCGGCAUGCAGCGGAAGCUGUCUGUUGCCAUUGCCUUUGUGGGUGAUGCAAAAGUAGUUGUCUUGGAUGAGCCUACUUCUGGAAUUGAUCCGUAUUCUAGACGAUCUAUUUGGGACCUUCUGCUCAAGUAUCGUUCAGGUAGGACCAUUAUUCUGUCUACUCACCAUAUGGAUGAGGCGGACAUCCUUGGAGACCGGGUUGCUAUCAUCUCCCAAGGAAAGCUGCUCUGCUCAGGAUCUCCUGUUUUCCUAAAAAACUCUUUUGGGUCAGGUUUUUAUCUCACCUUGGUCCGCAAGAUGAAAAACAUCCAGACUGUUGAAGGCAAGGAAGGUACCUCCUGCAGCCUGGGAUCCAAAUGUUCUUGUUCCUGCUCCUCCUGCUGUGCACCUGCAGACAAGGCAGAAACCCUUGAGCAGGAACUGGAUGGUGAUGUGAAUGAAAUCAAUGAACUGAUCCACCAUCAUGUUCCAGAAGCACAGUUAAUUGAAAGUAUUGGUCAAGAGCUUAUCUAUCUUCUGCCCAAUAAGAAUUUUAAGCAACGAGCCUAUGCCAGCCUCUUCAGAGAAUUAGAGGAAACUCUGGCUGACUUGGGACUCAGCAGUUUUGGAAUUUCAGACACACCACUUGAAGAGGUUUUCUUGAAGGUUACAGCAGAGGCUGAUUCUGAGACACAAAAUGCAGGAGCUGUACAGGAGAAUGGUGUUGCAGGACAAGAAGAUAAAGUGCCAGCAACCAAUGGCACUUCUCGGACACCAGUGGCUACAGAAAGGGAUAGGAGCGGUGGCAAAGGAUCCCAUCAGAAUAAAGGUUGCCAGCUUUUCCUCCAACAGAUCCAAGCACUUCUUGCCAAACGGUUCCACCACACCACCCGUAGCUGUAAAGACUUCCUUGCUCAAAUUGUUCUGCCUUCUAGCUUUGUGCUGCUGGCUCUGAUAAUCACAGUCCUCGUUCCUCCAUUUGGUGAAUAUCCCAGUCUAACUCUCCAUCCUUGGAUCUAUGGACAGCAGUUCACUUUCUUCAGCAAUGAGCAGCCUGGCAGUGAGCAGAUGGUUUCUCUCGUUGACGCCUUCUUAAAUAAACCAGGAUUUGGAAAUCGCUGCUUGAAGAAAGAGCCUCUGGAGAACUAUCCUUGCAGUAAAACAUUCACCGCCUGGAGGAUACCAGCUGUCCCUUAUAAUGUGUCUGUCCUGUUUCGAACUAACACAUGGAGUCCUGAAAAUCCCUCGCCCUCCUGCAGGUGCAGCACCAGGAGGAGACUCACCAUGCUGCCAGAGUGCCCAUUGGGAGCCGGAGGACUCCCUCCCCCUCAGAGAGUUGAGCGUAGCACAGAAAUUCUUCAGGAUCUCACUCAGAGAAAUAUUUCUGAUUUCCUGGUGAAAACAUAUCCCACCCUCAUCAAAAGCAGCUUAAAGAGCAAAUACUGGGUCAAUGAGCAAAGAUAUGGAGGAAUUUCUGUGGGAGGAAAACUUCCAGUCCUACAUGUCACAGGAGAGCAAAUUGUUGAUUUCCUGAAAGAUCUUGGUCAAAUUAUGAAUAUAACAGGGGGAGAAGCAACCAUGGCUGCAUCUAAAGAAAUGUCAAAUUUUCUUAAACACAUGGAAACAGAAGAUAACAUCAAGGUGUGGUUUAACAACAAAGGUUGGCACGCUAUGGUCAGUUUUCUUAACACAGCCAACAAUGCAAUUCUGAGAGCCAAUUUGCAGCAAGGAAAAGACCGUGAGGAAUAUGGAAUAACUGCUAUCAACCAUCCACUGAACCUCACAAAGGACCAGCUCUCUGAGAUUACAGUGCUGACCACUUCAGUAGAUGCCGUUGUUUCCAUCUGUGUGAUUUUUGCCAUGUCUUUCGUCCCUGCAAGCUUUGUUUUGUACCUGAUCCAGGAACGGGUGACCAAAGCCAAACACCUCCAGUUUGUCAGUGGUGUGAGCCCUUUCAUUUACUGGUUCACCAACUUCCUUUGGGACAUACUGAAUUACACAGUGAGUGCUGGCUUGGUAGUGGCGAUAUUCAUUGGAUUCAAAAAGAAAGCCUACACAUCACCAAGCAACCUUCCUGCACUAAUUAUAUUGCUACUUUUGUAUGGGUGGGCUAUAAUCCCUAUGAUGUACCCAGCAUCUUGCUUCUUCAGCAUCCCCAGCACUGCCUACGUUGCCUUGUCUUGCAUUAACCUCUUCAUUGGUAUCAAUAGUAGUGCCAUUACAUUUAUCCUGGAGCUCUUUGAAAACAACCCGUCUCUGCUGCAAUUCAAUAAAACACUGAAAAAUAUCCUGUUAGUUUUGCCUCAUUUCUGCCUGGGCCGGGCACUCAUUGACCUAGCUAUGAACCAAGCUGUGACUGAUGUGUAUGCUCGUUUUGGUGAAGAGCACGUCUUGGAUCCAUUUCACUGGGAUUUUGCUGGAAAGAACAUGGUUGCCCUCGCCAUGCAGGGAGUCAUCUAUUUUUUUCUGAAUCUUCUGGCACAGCAUAAUUUCUUCUCCGUGAAGCGGCUUCACCAAAAGGAUCUCAUGCCCAUAAUGGAUGAAGAUGAGGAUGUUGCUGAGGAACGACAACGGAUAAUGAGUGGAGGUGGUAAAACAGACAUUGUGAAAUUACAAGAACUAACCAAGAUUUAUGCAGGAAGAUACAUACCUGCAGUGGACAGACUCUGUGUUGGUGUUCGUCCUGGAGAGUGUUUUGGUCUCCUGGGUGUGAACGGAGCUGGCAAAACGACAACAUUCAAAAUGCUGACUGGAGAUACUCAAGUAACAUCUGGAGAUGCAGUAGUGGCCGGCCACAGCAUAUUGAAUCAUAUCUCUGAUGUUCAUCAAGACAUGGGCUACUGUCCACAGUUCGAUGCUCUUGACGAUCUGCUCACAGGAAGAGAGCACUUGCGUCUCUAUGGACGUCUGCGUGGAGUCCCAGCAGCAGAGGUGGAGCGGGUAGCAGAGUGGGGAAUUCAAAAGCUUGGCCUCAUAGAGUAUGGAGAUCAGUUGGCAGGCACGUACAGCGGUGGCAACAAGCGCAAACUCUCCACAGCCAUUGCACUGAUAGGUUGUCCUCUGCUAGUCCUCCUGGAUGAACCCACUACAGGAAUGGACCCUAAGUCCCGACGCUUCUUAUGGAACUCGAUUGUUAGUGUGAUCAGAGAUGGAAGAGCUGUGGUUCUGACCUCACACAGCAUGGAAGAAUGCGAGGCACUCUGUACACGCCUCGCCAUCAUGGUGAAGGGGACCUUCAAAUGCUUGGGCACCAUCCAGCAUCUCAAAUACAAAUAUGGAGAUGGAUACAUAGUCACCAUGAAAAUCAAGCCCCCUAAACCUGGGUUGCCUCCAGACCUAAGCCUGGUGGAGCAGUUCGUCCAGUUGAACUUCCCGGGUAGCGUACAGAGGGAAAAGCACUACAACAUGCUGCAGUACCAGGUAUCCACUUCCUCACUGGCCAGGAUCUUCCGGCUGAUUCUCUCCAACAAGGACCAGCUGCAUAUUGAAGAAUACUCUGUCACCCAAACUACCCUUGAUCAGGUUUUUGUAAACUUUGCGAAACAACAGAUGGAAGAUGAAGAAAUUCCUCUACACCCUCGUGCAGCAGGAGCUAACAGAGAGGUGAAAGUGACUCCUGCCUACUUUAGGAAAUCAACUGCAUAGAUGAGCUGG